GUUGUAGAGAGUAGUACAUCGGUUGAAUUAUUCAAAGAUGAGACUGCUCUUUGCACUGGUCUGUAUUAUUACGCUGAUAUUAAGCUACGAUCGGUUUGUUUGGUGCAACAAAUUAUCCGCAGAGGUCGAUGUGUUUAAAGACUUCAAGAAAUGUGAAGGCGGCUACUGUGUUCCACUUAGAAUGUGCAGGAAUGGAUCGAUCCACAUUCACAACAAUUUUGAAAUACCAUUCAACGAAGAACUAAUAUAUGUGGAUCUAGACGACCAAACGGAUUCGUGCGGGGAAUUUUUGCUACAAUGCUGCGCUGUGAAAGUAGGUGUUUCUUCUAAACUGAUAGAGCAACACGUUCCUUUACUGAAGAAUGAUUCAAGUAGUGCCAUCAAAUCGCUACCACCAACCUGUGGGCUAGUGUACCGAACUUCCAGAAGUGGCACCGGGCAGUUUGGCGAAUUCCCAUGGAAUGCAGCACUGUUGAAACGUGAAACUCUUCUGGACAUCGAAAGUUCACAGUACUUCUGCGGUGGAUCCCUGAUCCACCCACAAGUCGUUCUAACGGCAGCGCACUGUGUUAAACCUUCGAUUAACGAAUUGGACACUCUGGUGGUUCGAUUAGGCGAAUGGGACAACGUAACGGAUAAUGAACCGCCGCAGCACCAGAAUCUUGGUGUUCGGAAAAUAAUUCUGCAUGAAAACUACCUGGAUCAAAUCGCUCACAACAAUUUGGCUUUGCUGAUCCUGGAUCGACGAGCUAGCCUGAACGUGCACAUCAACCCGAUCUGCUUGCCGAAUACCGGUGACAAUUUCGACGACCAGCGGUGCAUAGUUCCCGGUUGGGACAAAGAGGAGGGAAAGUUCUCGAAAGUGCCGAAAAUGAUUGAAUUACCGAUGAUACCGCGACAGAAGUGCAAUCAGCUGUUCCGAGCCAGAUUUGGUCCAUUCUUUCAUUUUCACAAAAGUUUUACGUGUGCUGGCUUGGAUAUUUGCAAGAUAGAUGGCGGUUCUCCGCUGGCAUGUCAACGUGAUGGUGCGUUUGUUCAGGCCGGGAUCAUUGCUCGUCAAAUUGGCUGCGGUAGUGCGAACGUGCCCGGAACAUACGUAAAAGUUUCUGAUUUUAUCGCCUGGAUCAAGCAGAAGAUGCAGGCCGAAGGAAUGUAGAUCAUUAUGUUUUGGGAUAAAGCAAUUAAUGUUUUUUUUUUGUGAAAAUUAAUUUGUAGAGCAUGAAUAUGAUGACUGCACAAUUUCCCGGCUAAUAUACAGCCAGUUUCUCUCGGGAUUUUUGUAGAAGUUUUUCCAGGGAUUUCUUUCAUAGUUUUUAGAUAUUUCUCGUGGAUUUCCUUGCAGGAUUUCUUAACUUUUUUUUUUUAUCUGUUGUAACGAGAUUUUUAGCCCUAGGCUAGUUCAUCUCGGGACCCACGCUUUACUUCCCUUCCGAAGGAAGAACCCACAUUUUGCGAGUUUGUCGGGAGUGGGAUUCGAUCCCAGGUCAUUUCUUAACUAUAUCACUUAAUAACUAUAUUCUAUUAUGUCUCAAAGACCUAAAAUAUUCUCUUAAAUUUGUUCUAGACAUGGUUAAACUAAUAGAUGCAUAAUGGUGAUUAUAAAGGUUCAUCAUUCGAUUCAAAGGACCAAAUUAUUAAUUCCCACGAAGUUUCUCUCGGGAGGUUUUCAAAGAUCUCCCUUAAAGUUUCCUAAUAUUUCCUCCAGGGAUGAAUCCCAGAACCUUUCUUUCCGAGGUGUCCCAGUUUCUCUCAUGAUUUUUUUUAGAAGUUUCGAGAAUUCUUCAAUAAUUUGACCGCUAUUUCUUCAGAUAUUUCUCCGGACUUGCUUACAAGAAAUCUCGUUAAUUAUCCCAGGAGACAAUCCGAGAAAAACUCUGAAAAAAUCCUGCUAGAACUCCGGAAGCAAUCUUGAAAGAAAUCCCAAAAGGAUCAUCUCGGGAUAAUUUCUGGUAGAGAUUCCGGGAAGAGCUCUGAGAAUAAUCCGGAGAAAAUCUGCAAUAAUAUCAGGUUCAUCACUGCAAGAAAUUAGAUAAUCAACUGCAAAGAAAAACCUUUAAAAAUAUUCGAGAAUAAAUCACGGGACGAACUCCAUGAGAAAUACCAGCAGAAGCUCCUGCAGAAGUCAUAGAAAACACUCCAAAAAAUCUUAGAAGAAAGUCCAGGAUAAAUUAUGAAAAACUCUGAGAGACUGUUACCGUUUGUAACACUAAGUCUGUGUAUUUGUGUUAAUUUGUUUAUUCUAUUUGUAAAAAAAUCUAUAUGUUGCAUGUCUCCGGAUUAUUUAUUCAAAAAUUUAAAUUAGCCUAAAGCCAUAAAAAUACCCCUACACUUAUUCACACAAACUUACCACACUGCAAUAAAAAAGCACCAAUAGAGUAGUUAUAGUUCAGUGGAAAAAGAGAAACUAAAGGGAAAAGGGAAAAAGAGAAGAUGACUAUCGAACGAUAGGGGGAUCAGGCAGCGUUGAAAGAAUGACUCGAGCUAUUUCUCGAGAGGACCUCAUUUGAAACAGUCGUUAGAAACUCUGGAAAAGUUAAGUACAAAAGUUAAUUUGAAGUGAAAAUUCAGCAAAAACCUUCUAAAGCAAUACGUAUUAGAAUCAGGUAUGAAAAGAA